GUUUUUAGUUUCGCACGUGCCGCGGUGGUGGGGCCGCGCCACGCGCGCCCGUAUAUAAAAUAAAACCUCUCGGACCGUGUUUACUCGUCGAUUACCGUUUUAACGUCAAGGGUUGCCGGGUUACGCGCGCCUGGUUUUUGGUUUCGGUUUUGCUACCGAAUUCGCCCCCGGAGUGUACGUUCCGAGUCAAUACGCGCAAAACGCAACGUCCAACACAGACAACACCGCGACGACGAUGAAGUGCUACGCCGCGGCGGUAAGUGCAUCGGCGGAAUUUAAAUUAAACGGUACAGCUAUUUCGACCGGUCGUGGGUACGCGAUAUUUCAGCGUUACACUGCCGACCCGUAACGCUAUAUUGUAUGCAUUCAUCUAAUUAUGUUUUCUGAUUUGGCGUAAAAAUAAAAAAUUAUCAAAAAAAAAAAAAAAAAAACUAUAAAAUCGAAUGAGACGAUAUUUCUACGAUUUUUUGUAUACAUACGUAGCUUUUUGAAAUCGGCUCUUUUAUUGUACGCCUAAAUGUGUUUUUCUUGACCCGUACGUUUUCGUGUAUUUACCGAGAAGGGCAUUGAUUUGUAGAUAAUAAUUUAGUCGGGGGGGGGAGGAGAGUUUUUUUUUAAUAAUAUUUAGAAAUAUUUAAAAAACCAAAAGAAACUAAAUAUUUAUUGAGUAUAACAAUGCUAAUUCGUAUGGCGUACGCAUUAUUCUUUUACUUUAAAGUGUUCAAUAAUCAAAUAAAAAACGUGUGAUUUUUAUGUAUGAGUACGCACCUCUUCAGUAUAGUAAACGUUUUGCGUAUUAUUUUGAUAACGAAAUUAUAUAAAUCUAUUUCUAAUAUAUAUUAUAGUUUAAAAACGUGACACUUUUCAAAUUUAAAUGCUAAAUAAUAUCAGAAAAUAUCUGAAAUAUAACAUAAUUGUAAAAACAAAACAAUUAAAUCGUUUUAUCGGGUAGGUAUUAUUUUUCGAUUUAUUUGGGUUCAAUGAUUUAUUUUGGUUCGAAUGAAAAUGUUUGAAAAUUUAAUAAGUGUUUCAGUAUGAGUUGAAUUUAAUGGUUUAGAAAAAAAACUUGCAGCGUUUUUUAUAAAUCUUUUAAGAUCAAAUUAUAACGUAAAUUGUAAACUUUAUGUAUCACGCGUUCCCAAUUUCCCAUCUUCAACAGUGGUACAUCAAUUAGUAGUAUCAACUAUUUUAGAUUCGGAGAGUAGCGAGGGAUCUGAUGAUUUUACUAUGAUGUGUGCCUUUUUUCUUUCUGUUUGUAAACAAUUUUUUGAAAAGAAAUCUUGCUCCGAUGUAUAGAGUAUAGUAUCUUUUCUGAAACUUUUUCUAAUUAGUGCAUUAUAUUAUUUUGAUUUUCUAAGGGUUUUUCGAAAUAAUUGAGAAAAAGUCGAAAACAAAUUAUAUCUAAAACGCAAAUAUUUACGGCGCGCCGUGACGUUACCGUUUUCUCAUUGUUUUCAAUUUGACAAAACACGAUGUUUUUUUACCAGAAAUAUUACUUUAAUCAAAAAAUGACAAAAGAACGAGUUAAUUUUUUUUUAAUAUUUCGGCACUUAGAGAGAAACUCGUUUUUUUUUUUAUAUCCAAAGUAUUUUUCUUAAUAAUUUGGAAGAACUAAAAAAAAGUAAAAAUUACGAUUUUGUAGUAUCAUGGUAAAUCUUCUAAUCAUCUUUGCAAAUGAAAAGCGAAUCUGAACGGAGUUGCUACAGUACUAAGCUAAAUAUAACCUACUUUGGACUUUAGGUUACAUUUUUGAAUAUUUGUAUAGACCUAUACUCGAACAUUUUGAAUAGCUAUAAAUAAUAAAUAUAGUAGGUAUAAUUAUCUUAAAUAAAGCUAGAAUAUAUUGAAAAAUAUCUAGAAAAAAAUAAUAUUAGUAGAUACUUGUUCUGUAAAAAUGUCAAUUCUCUACGAUUAUUUUUAGUAAAUUUGGAACAAAAAGUCAUCUCGAUGUUGUUAUAUAAAUAUUCCCACUCUUUUGGCUUUUUUUUUCAGUAUUUCCCUACUCUUUAAAAAAGUACAAAACAUAUAAAUAUAACUUCUUUUACACACCAAUUAAACUAAAUUUGGUGUUAGAAAUCUUGUUCCAGUUAUCGCAAAAAAAAAAAAAAAUUAAAAAACAUAUACAUAAUAGUUAAACAAAUAUAUUUCUCGAUUGGUUAAGAAUUAAAAAAAAAUAAUAAUUUUAAACUAAUUUUACAAUUAUGACACAUAAUAAUUAAGUCAAUAGACCAUAAAAAAUGUUCCUCCAUUGAACAAGGAAAUUAACUAUCAUAAUAAAUAAACAAUUAGAAUAUAGUAUUGGUCUAAUAAUGUCUGAUGAUAUAGUAGCAAAUGAAAUUAAAUAGAGUUGAUACUGCUGAUGGGUGUGCCACUAUUGUAGGUGGGAAGUUGGAAAGGUAUAAGAUAGAUCAUGUUAUUUAAAUCUGUAAGUAAUGAUCUACUUUUGCUAAUGAAAUACGAUUUUGAGCGAAUUUCAGUUAUACUUAGGUACCUUUUUUUUAGAUUUUUUAAAUUUUCGUAUUUUUUUUUUUAAAACGCUUAUAAAAAACUACCAUAUUACGCUUAACUUUUUUUCCAUCACCAAGUUGAACUUAUAAUGAACCUCCUGUUAAAUUUAAAAGCAUUUCUGUUUGGUCAAACAAUUUUAUAAUCUAUAGAACUAACUUAAUAAAAAGGGGGUAUCGAAGUAAACAUUUUUACGAUCAAUUUUUAAUCGUUAAUUCUUUUAGUGCACAAAUUAUUAUUUUUUGAAUAAUAAAACCUAUUUAUAAUACUAGAUUUGAUAAGUUCUAUAUUUUUUCAAGUUAGUUUAGUCAAUAUAAUAUUUUUAUCUCGCAAAGUGCUUACCUGCAAUCCAAUUUUGAUAAUAGGAAUUUUCUUGUUAUUUCAAUAAAUUUAAAACGCAUGACUUUUAAAACGGGCAAAUUUCAAAAUUCUCUACACUUCAAACUUUAAUUUUGGGUUUUUUUUUCUUCUGAAAUUGCUUAUUUUCAGUUAAUUUCAUAUAUGACAGUAGCACACCCUUUUAUCUUGCAUCUUUAUACUCAAAUAAGACGGCUGUAUCUCAAGUAAUUUUUGAGAUGGAAAAAUAGUAUUGAUCAAAAUCGCCUGAAAAAAUAUGACUAUUCGAAUCUAGUGUAAAAAAAUAAGAACUGUAUUGCUACUCAAACAAAUUAAGUUUUAUUGUGUACUCGCGCUCUAGUAAUGUUAAACAUUUGUAAUUUUGUUUUAAAACAUAAAUUUCGGUACAGGGGUACAAAAAACCACAUUGCAUUCAAAGGUUAUUAGGCUGAGAUAUUCAGUGGUAGGCACGCGUAUUAAAUACACUGUAUAUUGUAGAUUAUAGAGGAAUAUUGAACAAUUGAAAAAGAAAAAAACUUAAUUAAUCACGCUCCCCCUUUGAAUUAGACCCCAGAUGAGUGUCUGUCAAGUAAGUGUACAAAAACUAAUGGUUAAUUUUCGGUAGACUACAAUAAAUCUUAAAUUAACAACCUUUCGAACCACCGAAAAAACGGGUAGAAUAUAUUGAAAAACACAUUUUUACAUUAGGUAAUAAUAUACUGUGUGUAGAUUCAUUAUGAAUAGGUUAGGUAUAUUGGUAUACAUAAUCGCAAAAAAUAAUUUUAAAAAACCGUGGGAUAUGCAAUUUAUAAGCGUAAAUUGAAAUAAUUUAGCGUAAAAACUCCGAAGACGCAAUGAUAUUAUAAUAAUAUUAUUGGUUUCGAUAAAUUAUAACUGAAAUUUAGCAUGUUGUUUGCCAACAAAAUAUUAUAAUACUAUAAUAUCAUAUAAUAUUCUAUACAAAUGUUACACUAUAUUAUAAAUAUUUCUAUGUAUAAUAUGUAAAAAAAAACCGAAAGUAUUAUUUUCGAUACAAUGUUAUAAUAUCAUAAUGAUAUACCUAUCUAGUAUGUAAUAGAAUAAUUUAUCUUUCUGGCUAAUUGAAUUUAGUUCGAUAUUAUUGUUUAUCGAAGCGAGUGAUAUGUUAUUGCGAAAUUAUUACAGUCGAUAUAAUAAUAUUACUGUUAUACAUACUGUAAUAUUAUUUGGAUAUUAGAAUAUUUAAAAAAAAAAAUAUUCAGUAUAAAUAUUCGAAUAUGUAUAAUAAUUCGAAAUACGUAUUCGAAUACUUAGCAAAAAUAAUAUUUUAGUAUUACAAUAUAUAAAAAUAAAGAGUUGAUUCGCUGAUUUGCUUGAACUGUGCUAUCGUUAUAUAGGGAACUAAUAAGUGAUUUUCGAGAACAAACCCCAAAAAUUUAAAUUUGAAAUUGUAGAGAAUUUUGAAAAAUAUUUCUAAUCAAGUACAAUUGAGUGAAAAUUUCGCAUCCACACCUAAUGUGUGAAAAAUUGGAUCAUUUUUACUAACUGAAAAAGCGUUUUGCGAAAAAAGAAAAACAAGUGACAAAAUGAUUUUUUUUUGAAAGAACAAAAUGCUUUUUAAAACUGUUCGGGAAACAGUGUCCAGAACAGAAUAUUUUACCCACGUCUGAAAAUAUGUCUAUCCUUAUUAUAUGAAAAAAAAAAUCCGUCGGUAUGAAAGCUUUAUAAUUUUCAUUUAUCGGAUAAAAUGUCAUUGUUUUUACCGAUUCUUUCAAUGUGGUCGUGAUUUCCGCGAUAUUUACCCGUUUUAUAAAUAUUUCGGUUUUGGUAUAGGUUUUUUUUUUCUUUAGACAAUCUUUUUACCAGCAAUUUUGCUCCGAUUUACAAUGAUAGCACUUUUUCUAAAAGGAAAUCAGACUAGAGAGGUGAGGUACCUCAGGUUAGGUCGUUUUUUGAUUUUCUUGGAAGUUUUCCAAAUAAAUGGGAAAAACGUAGCAAAAACGGGAAAGUAGGUAUAAUAUCAAACAAAUAGUAAAGAAAAUAUAUAAUGGAUGUCAUGUAAUUAUUUUACCAUAAUAUGACAUAUAUAUAUAUAUUUAUGUAUAUAUAUAUAUUGUUGACAAAACAACACUAACAACCAAAUUCAGCUCAAAAUCAUUUUUUCAUUAGCAAUGGUUAAUCGUUGCUUACAGAUAUACAUUAAAUUAUCUAUAACAGCUAGUGGCUGCACCCGUCCCUAUUAUCCUAGGACAGCUUUUUAUAUAUUCUGUCAAUCAUUUUUCUACCUGUAAUAUCGCUCUCAUCAACAAGGGCGCUUUUUUUUAUAGAACAUGUUGUUAAUUUAUUGGGGGUUUAGCAGAUAGUUUUUUGAUUUUCCUUGUAGCUUAAUAAAAAAGAGAAACAGCGGGGGUAAAAGUUAGUAUAACGGGGAAAUUUACGCUAUAUCGGUUUCUGUUAUUUUCGAAUAAUUUUUUUUUUUUUAAAUUUAGUUAAAAGUACUUGUAGAGACUUUCAAUAUUGUCAUGGAAUACUUAUAUUGAUUUUUUUAGACUUGACGACAUUAUCAACGAAAUCCGGCGAUAUCUGCACAAUUUAAUGACAUUUGCCUUUUUCUAGGUAUUUUUUUUUAAAUUUUUAUCGUGUGAAAAACGACAUAAAAUACGAUUUUUAUUUGUUAAUUUUCGAAUUUUCGAAUUUAAUACAUCACAUUCUUCAGAAAUAACAUUUCUGCAUAUAUUUUGUACGUUUUGUACCUACUCAGGUUCUACCGCACCUAAUACAUCCCUAAUAACACGCGUCUUAAGCUGGAUCUACCACGUGGUCGCUUUCUAGUUGUUGGUUGUUUUCGAUUACAACCUUCUUCUCUAAAACUGUUUUUGUAAUACUAUGGCGUUGAAAAAGUUAUUGAGCUCGCCAUUGUGUCGUGUCCACCAUUGCCUAGUCCGAGCAUCUUUGCUCGGUCCAAUUAUUCUCCUCGGCAUUUUUAUUUCGAAAACUUUCAGAAUUUUCAAUUCCGUUUUUACGAGAGGCUAUGAUGUAUAUGUGAACUCGAUUGAUGAAUUGAUGAAGAUUGAUCGAUUGGUUGGUAUAGGCUUAAUUAUUAUGUUGUAAUAAUUACUAUUCGGUUUCAACAUAGGUACAUAAUAACGUAAACACGAAACGUUAUUAUUGUCACUAUUGUUAUUAUUAUUAUUUUUAUUGUGGAUCUUGCGAGCAUAAACCGGUUUUCAAAAAAAUAUAGUGGCUAGGUCACUAGCAACGUUUUUACGGCGAUUGUACGUGUACGCGCCUAAUACCGUACCUCUUCUAUUACUUUUGAUUAUUAACCGUCACACGUGCGAGUCGAGAAUUCCAAGAUGUUCAUAAAAUUACGUAGUACCAUAACAGACUGCUAAAUUUUUUUUUUAUUCAAAUUCUCUACGAUUUAUCGGUACGAAUAUGUACAUAAAUAAUCGAUAUAAAUCGAGCGAGAUGGGAACCGACCGAAACGAUAUAAUUGUGUUUUCGGGUGUGAGUAACGUCACUGCGGCGGUUAUUGGCGCGCUGUAAUUUAACUAUUAUUGCCCGAACCGACUGUACGUGAAACGUAUUCGCAUAAUCGCGUACGGAGAAGAAAACACAGGGCACCGAAAAUUAGAGACUUUGGUAUUCAAAUGUAGCAAAUAAUAAUAUAAAAUAAACAACUCAGAAAAUAUUAUAUUAUGGAAUACAUUUUGUACAACGAGUUGUUAACAAAAAAAAAAAAAAAAAGACCGAAAAAAUCGAUUUAUAAUUUGAAAAACAAUUAAAAAAUAAAAAUAAAUGUCCAAUCUAGUUUAGUAAAUUUGAAUUGUAAUUGUGUGUUUUAAUAUUCAUUCGAAUAUACUAACUAUAUAGUUAGGGUUGACAUUUGAUCGUUUCGAAAAUAUACACGCACUUUGACUAUUGAAUUUUGUUCAGGGUCGAACUUUUGGAUUCUAAAUAUAGAAUUCUAGCCUCCAACAGCUUCGAAUAGCUCAUGAUAAAAAUUAAAUGUGUACUUAUAUUAUACACUAUACAGAUAAAUGCGUACAUUUGGCCGUCUGUCUUUUACAUUUUCUCGCAAUAACUGCAGACCACGCAGAUUAAGUAAAACUAACUUAAUUUUGAUUUUAGAGUAAAAGUAUCCGUUAUGCGAUUUAUAGAAAUAAAUAUUUUUGAGAGAAUUUCGCCGGUUAAUUUUUUUUGAAUUAUGGAUUAUUAAAAAAGUUAUUACAGUUGUAUAAAAAACAAAAAAAAAAUAUACAUGUUUUUCAGCUGUGUAUUUAGAAAUAUUACAAAAACCCGAUGAGGUUCCCUCCGAAAUAUUUUUCUCCAUAAAUUCCAAAAUUGGUUGAUUUUGCUCUAAAGUCCAAAUUUAAGGUGGUUCGGUUUGCGCAAGCAUCGUUUUUGCAUGUUGCUCGGUAGUUGGACAGCCGGGACGGUGGUCGCGGGCGCGGCGUCCACUCCGCGUUAAAGAAUAUCGGACGCCCGUACUGUUAUUGUCGGCGAACGACAAACAGGCGUCGAAAUAACAUCCCGACCAUCCGAGCCCUUCGGCCCGUCACCGCCCGUAUUUAAUCGAAUGCCCGCGAUGUCCGAGAACGCGUCGCGCCGUCUCGCUACGGGGGGUGGGGGGGAGAGGGGCGCGCGACGAAAUUCGGGCGUGAAACUUGGUCGGCGUCCAGCGAAUGAUUUCUCGUUUACGCACAUAUAUUAUAACACACGCACACGUGCGGUUACACAACGUCACAUUUUAUAAUAAUAUACACACUCACACACACGCGCACACACACACACACACACGCGCGCGUUUAUUUUUGUAUAGAUUAGUAUUCAUUGCCGAUACCGCACACACGCACACACACGCACACACACACACACACACUCGGCAGUACGCUUGUGAAUUCCGCGCGCCGUUUCAUUUCUCCAAAUUAUUAUCAUAUUAUUGCGGGCGGCACCGCCCCGGCCCAUUAUUACCGUAUAUCUGUCCGGGUACGUCGAUUUGUUUACGAUACAUAUAUUUAUUUUUUUUUUCUCUUUCCCGGACACACUUACGAUGUUAUUACGGAUACGUAAUAUAACAAUUCGAUUAUUAUUACCAUUAUUGUUAUUAUUGCCGUCAGGCCCGGGCCGUAAUGCCGCGUGACGGCGUUUCGCGUAUAAACAACAAACGGGACGCAAUACAGCGCGCGUGGGAUCGGAAUGCCCGCCGGCCGAGGUCAACGCCGUUAUAUUCGCACGACAUUGAUUAUGGUAUUAUUAUUGUCGCUGUUAUCGCGCACAAUGCACGUGAGAAAUAUCGUCACGUUACCGCGUUACGCGUUUGCGCGGUGACGUUUGCCGCCGGAUUUUAAAAAUGUUGAUAAACACAAUCUAUCUCCCCCUCCCCCACCUCCUUACCGUGCAGGUCGACCGUCCGGACCUAAUGCGCCGAAUUUCCUCCCGGCUGGAUUUCGUCGCCGUUACACGUUCCGCGUUUUCUUUUUCUUCUCAUAACCAUAUGAGGAAUCGAACCGAGUUGGUAAAGUACGGUUCUCGAGACUUUCGCUGACGUACAAACGGACGGCGGGAUCGUCGGUUCGACGUUUAAACGUCAGAUCGCCGCAUACUCGACGAAAAUUAUACAUUUAUAUCACACGCACAUUUUAACCGAAUUAUUCGGUUUCGUGAUUCUGUAACGAUAUUUGAAACCCGCUAUUUCCUAUGCAAAUUAUUGGGGUGAAGCGGUUGAAGGUCAAAACUACCGAAAGCCACACCCUCAAUACUUACACAAUUAGUAUACGAAAUUUCAGCUCCCCUAGUUUUAUUUUGGGCGGUCUGUGGAGGUAUACAGAGCUACAAAAAAAAAAAAAAAAAACUCUAAUUUUAGAGUUUGAAUUGUUUUGGCCCGUAGGGAUUCGCUUAAAAGUGUCCAAAUUUACCGGGAAAAAGACAUACAGCAGAAACAAUACAGUGGCGGUGUAAAGUUCUUUUUUUUAUGAAACAAUUGCGGUAAAAUAGUAAAAAAAACAUCAUGACAAUCCAAGCCCAGAAAAAUCGGGUACUGUAGUAACUAGAAGUUCCAUCGUACAUCACCUUUUUCGUAAACUUAUCUAAUGAUAAAGUUACUCUCAUACAUCCAUCCAUCCAUCCGAUUCAGCAAUGAAGCAGCUACUUCAUAAGAUACCCAUUUACGCCGCUAACAUUCAGUGAAAUAAUACUUAUUCUGAACUAUAGUGGACUAUGACACUUCUGCUGCACCGUCUGACACAAUUUGCCUACCGAGAAAAUCCAACGACAUUAUAUUAUUCUGAUAUAUAAAAUAAAAAAGGUAUCCGAAAAAAAAUAAAUAUAUUUAUCUUGUUGGUUCCACCACGAAAACGUCGAUUUAUCUGACCAUCGAAUAACGUGACCUCUGUACCUGUUGCUAUGAACUUUUCCUGGAUAGACGACUAAUAUAUGAUUCUAUUAAUUGAGUUGUUAUCAUUAGUUACUUUUUCAUUUAUAUACUUCCAAACGUCAUGUGAAACGUAAUAGCCGGCGUUUCGCGUAGGCAAUUUAGGUACAUUUUUAUUCGGGAAAAUAUUCGUCCAACUUGGAAUGUAAUAUAUUCUAUUGUAAGCACCCAAUAUUCUGUUAACGGUUUUUAUUUAAACAUUUUUUUUCACUCCAUCCUCUUCGCCUAUAUAUCCUACGUAAUUUAUGGCAGCUACUCCUGUUUUUUCGUUCACGAUUUCUCAUCUAUUCCACACGAUGCCCUCAAAUAUAUUACUUACCUUAAUAACGUCUAACCUAUACCUCCGAUCAUCUACGCUUAGCUGACCUGUCUGCUUGACUCCCUAGUAGUUUCACAUGUUUUCAACGUGCUUAAAACCACCUUAAUCAAGUAUUGGAAUUCACAUAAAACUGUUGUUGACAUUUUUUAGAUGAUAUUGUGUGCCAUCUGGGUAACAUUGGUGGCUGGCGUGGAGGAUAAAACCGGCGUGGAGGACAAGGCCGGCGGUAGCGGUAGCAAACAGAAACGAGGCUUGUGGGGCCUGGGAUAUGGCGGUGGCGGUGCCGGCGGCCUCUACGACGAGGGUCCCAGUUACGGCACGCUGGGCGGUUACGGCUUGGGCAGUUCCAUCGGCACAGGUUUCGGAGGCGGACAUCACCAUCAUAACGACGGCCACUAUCCCACGCACAUCCACACGGCUACCACGAUCACGAAGAGCGUGCCGGUGUUGCAUCCGUACCCAGUGACCGUCGAGAAACACGUCCCGUACCCGGUGGCCGCGCCGUAUCCCGUCGAGGUGCCCAAACCGUACCCAGUGGCCGUACCCAAGCCGUACCCGGUGGCCGUGGCUAAGCCAUUCGCCGUGCACGUGGAUAGGCCGUACCCCGUACCGGUUCCGCAGCCGUACCCGGUGCCCGUUGUCAAGCAUUUCGGCAUACCGGUGCACCACGCGUACCCGUUGAAUGACUUUCACAGACCUUAUCCCGCGCUGUCUGCGCUGCCGUUCCACAAGCCAUUGUACUCCGACCGCGACCUCUGGUGAACGGAUAACGCGCCAUCCGUGUUUGUAAGUGUAUUUAUGAAUCAAUUAUUGUAAAAAAGGACAUGUCCAUAAUUCCGAAUUCCAGAAGGGACAUAAAAAACCGGCGCAUACCCUGGACUUAUGUUCCGUGGCUGAUAUUUCCAUAUAACGGAAGGUUAGGUUAAGUUCCUAGGAAUCUAACCUAACUUAAAGGUUUGAAAAAAAAAAUUGAUAAAACGUUUGUACGAAAUAAAUGUUUAUUGCGGGUCAUACCGGAAGUGUUCGCGAAUCACGUGCCAUGUGUUUGAGACCACCGGUUCCUACGGUGUAGACGUUAUCGAAUCACCGUGAGUACAUGUCGCGAAAAAAUCCAAAUUUCGAAACAUUUCGAACGGAGAACGGACCGGAUUUUCACACGCCCGGUUUUUACGCGACGAGUACGUAUAAUAGUAUAAUAGUACAUAUGCCAAGUACUCUCAUACGUUCGAAACGACCGGUUCGCGUACAUACACAAUACACACAAAACCACUAGUUUCGUGUAUAAAUUACGUGGUUUUUUCAUCGGCUACGAAAUUUAUCGCGCGCUAUGCGUAUAUGCGGUUGCGUACGGGCAUUUUUCGGUCGAUUCGUAACAUUCGUCACGGACAAUUUUGUCGAUUUUCUUUGUACGCGCGUCACGAGCCCGAGAUGAUAUUAUUAUUCGGUCGACUCGCAACAAAAUUAACCGGUGAAAAAAACCAUCGCCGAUAUGUGUUUUAUUGUUCGGUAUAAUAGUGUUACGUAAAGCCGUUUAUUGAUAUUCGGUAUAGUCGCGGAGUGACAAAAAAAAAAAAAAACACCACAGGUUUGUAAAAGCUCACUCGCCCGCCCGGAAAAAUGUCCGUAUAUGUCAAUAUAUUUUUGUAAUAACUAUAAAACAAUACCAAAAAAUUCAGUAAUAAUGUUGAUGAUUAUCAAUGUGACGGUUAGGGUUGCAUAUUUUUGCUGACAUAUAUAUGUCCGGUGUGAUAUUUGAAACUGAAAUACGCAAGUUUGCUUCUAAAAACUGUAGUCAAAUGCAUGAUCUAUGUUUGUUUUUUAUAAUUUGAAGUUGUGAAAAUGCAGUUUCACAAAGAUAUGUUGAUGCGAAAGGCAUUAAUAUAAGUAAAGCUGCUUUUUAAAUCACUAAAUACUCUUGCUGCCGUCUUAACCAAAAUUCCAGUAAGUUAUUUUUCAUUAAAUUUUGUUUCAAUAGUUUACUCAACUCUGAUUUAAAUUAAUUGCUCUUUUUCGGCUUAUGAAACAUGAUCGUAUUUCAAAGAAAUAGAAAAUGGUAAUUUUACCGAAUUGUUUUCAUUAUUUUUAUUUAAAUUUGAAAAAUAUUCAGAUAAAAAGUUUAGCAUUGAAGACGUAUGAUCAGUUAUUACACUUAAAACUGAAGUUGUUAUUGAAAGCUUAUUAACGGUAAGAAAAUCAUGUAAACUCGUAAACAUCGAGGAAUCUCCAUUGUUAAAUGCGUUUAACCAAAAAGACUAUUUGUGAUUAAAUGCUUGAAGUUUUGAGACACGUAUUAAAAUGUUGGUACUUUUACCUCGGAGAGAUAGAUUUAAUUCAUUGACUUUAUCGAAAAAAUCUGCUAAAUUUGAUACCAAACACAUCCAUUUGUCAUUCCUUAAAAGUGCGAAUAAAUCUGGUUUAAUGUCACGGAGAAUUAUACGGAGCUCAUCACUUAGUUCUAUAACUCUUUUCAAAACUUUACCACGGAAUAGCCAACUAACGUCAGUAUGAAAUCGUAAUGUAUUAUGGUUGGAUCCCGGAUCUUCACUUAAAAAGAUAUAUAAUAGAAAUACAAUUUUAUUAUUAUUAAAUAACAGUUAUUUAACAUUAGACUUUAUCGACAAUGAUUAAUCGUAUGGUCUGUUAUUUAAUAACUAAAUAACCGAAAAUAUUUUAAAUUAAAUAAAUAUUUCACUGCCCACCAGUCAUAUAGCCUCGGCCCCUAGGUCGAGAAACACUGAUAUAGGGGAUUGGAAAAUUACAAAUCUUACAGACCAUAAAAAUACCGCAUACCAGAGUACGCCGGCCACGUCGCAUAAAAUAAUAUCAUUAUAGGUUAUGCAGUAUAUCAUUAUUAUCGUUUAUCGGUGCCAGACACGAAUCCUGCAAUAACGUUUAUGCUGUCGGUGUUGCGAAAUUCGAUUUUUUUUUUUUUUAUUUUUUUUUUAUAAUAUCUAAUGCUUAAACGUGAGUCGUGAAACGUAUAAUAAACAUGACACGCGACGAACGCGACGACGCGUUUCGAGUUGUCGUCCGGGUCGUUUUCCGGCCACCGUCCCGGAAAUGUAGGAUAUAUUUCGAUCGGAGGAAAACACCCUGCGUAAAUUAUUUCCGCCAUCAUGUCCCGUACGAUAAAAUUUUAGAGGUUUUUUCAUAAAGCAUAAUUUUCGUGUCCCGGUCGCAAACCGUCGUCGUAACGUUGUGGAGGGGGGUGGGGUGAGAUUAAUGGUAGCGUUUAUUCUUCUGGUUUAACUACACUUUGAUAGUUUUGGCUAUAUAGCUUUUAUAAAUGGGCGAUACCACACGUGAAUUUCGUCAUUUUGACACCUCAAUACACGCGCACGAGACAUCAUAGGUAUCGAAUAUCAAUAUCCAAAGUAUUCGUUUCUACUUAGGCGGUUCAUCGUGAAUAUUAAUUGCAGGUUUACAUUUUUUUUUGGUAAAUAAUAUUGUCUUUACGGUAUACUUAGAGUUUUUCGUCUACUAUAUUGCGGGGUCGAGACCCGUAGCGCUUAAAAUCAUAAAAAAUACGUUUAAAAACCUGGAUGAUAUUAUCGAAUCAGAAAACAUAUUAUCAUUUUGUCUCUGGUAACAAUAUUAAUUAUUAUUUAUGUGUGUUUUAGAUACGCGUCAUGUAGAUUGUAAUAAUUGUUACACGUCGUCGUCGUCCGAAAUUAUUGGCGACUUAGCCAUAAAUACACGUCAUGCCACGGGACUGAACGCUUACUUGUAUAGAUUCAGAUCGCUAACAUUGUAUAUUUUAACAGUCUUGUAUUUUUUUUUGCACAAUACUUCAACAGCACCUACCCACUCGUUAUCGUAUUGUUUUUUUAUUUUUUUUUUUUUUUUUUUAUAAGAAAAUCUAUUUUUAUCCGAAAAGAUUACCGCGUAAAAAAACAUUAUAAUAUAUAUUAUCAUAUACAAAAAACCAGAGAUUUAUUCAUAUAUAUAUAUAUAUUGUGAUUUAAUAUGUUAUUGUGACGAGCGUUAUUUCAAAAUGUAAAUCUUUAGAUCAGUUAAAUUUGUUAAAAUAUUUUGUGUUUUAUAUUGAAUAUUGUUCGACGGAUUUUUUCCAUAAAUAUUAUAUUAUAUAAUUAUCUAUUCUUGUUUUUUU